CGCGAUUCCAGCCACAACGUGCGUCGUCUAGGAACAUUCGUCAAAGUAGCCCCAUAAACCGCCGGGCUUCCCUACACGAACCUGCUUGAUGCAGCAUAAUGCCCGCGAUCCAAUCCUCGAAAGGGUCUCAUUCGCCGCUGUCAACCACGUGCAAUCGACAGCCCGGGAUAUAUAAGAUUGCCGCGAGGAGCCCGAGACCAGAAUGCCUCCUUUCCGCCCUUCCCUCCCCAGACCGCAGCUUCUGCUUGUUGUCGUCGUCCUCACUGCUUCGCUCUUUGGCCUGAGAGAGUACUACAUCAUGUUGUCUGUCCAGAAAACCUCUGUGGCCGCCCUCUUGUCGGCGACGACGGUGAUCGGCGCGUCCGUCGACCUGGGCUGGUAUGCUCCGAGUGGCUCCAAGAUCAACAACCUGACCUCGGCGCUGGAGAGCGACGGAAUCUACGGAUUUAUUUAUGAUAGCUCCCAGACGCCCAACAACAAGUAUGGCACGUACAACUGGUGCAACAUGCCCCAUGCGCGCAAGAGGGAGUAUGUCAAGGCCUCUCGCGACUAUGAGCUGAAAUACGUAGAGGUGAUUCAACGACACCACAAGCGCACUCCCUACGCCAGCAACGCUUUCCCCGUCGAGUCGUACCAAUGGAACUGCGACGACCAAGGUCUGUACUACUUUGGAAGGCCAUUUACCAAAAACGGAAAGUCGGCCGCGGAGUCUUACUGGCAGGGCUUCACCGGUGAAAUCAACCCGUUCGUUCCGGCGGGUUGGAUCGGAUCGUGCCAGUUCCCUCAGAUAACCGCGGCCGGCCUGGAUGACUCUUGGACCCACGGCAAGGAUCUGUACGAGGUCUACCAUGAUCUGCUCGAUUUCCUCCCGGCUCGCAACAAGAACUGGCGCAAGAAGGUCAUGUUCCGCGUCACCAACAACCAAAUCACCAGCCAGGUUGCGGGCAUGUUCAUCAACGGCAUGUGGGGCACUACCGACUCUAUCCCGCUCGCCAUCCAGGCAUCAGGUGUCGACAGUCUAGAGCCUCAGUAUACCUGCAGCGUUGGAAGCAAUUUGUUCAGCCAGAUCAAGUCGUCCUCCAACUCACAGUGGCAGCAGCACUUGACCAAGAGCAGCGAGCUCUUCAAGACACUGGAUAACAUCUCUGGCGUACCCUCCACCGACUCGGGCUUCCACGCCUCGUUUGACCAUUACUACGAUAACCUGUCCGCUCGUCAAUGCCACGGAAAACCCCUGCCCUGUAAACUUGUCGACGGCAAGAACUCGUCCACUUGCGUUGACCAGAAGCUGGCCAACGCUGUCUACCGCAUGGGUCAGUGGGAGUACUCUCAAAUGUACCGCGACGCAUCCGCCUCCCUCGCUGCGUCAUCCACUGCGUAUGGCGUGUGGAUCGCUGAGUUGGCCAGUCACUUGCGCGCCGUGAUCAAGGGCGAGUCCAAGACCAUCUACUUCCACAACUUUGCGCACGACGGAUCCACCAGCCGCGUGCUCAGCAUACUGCAGAUCGAUGAGAUGGUCUGGCCGGGUAUGGGGAGCGAGAUUGUCUUUGAGCUCUACCAGAAGAAGAAGAACGUGCCCAAGAACACAAGUGGAUACCAUGUGCGUGUUUUGUUCGGUGGGCAGACGUUGAAGUCUUCUAGCCCUACUCUGGGUUUGAUGGAAAUGGUGCCUGUCGAGACUCUGCUCGGCUACUUUGACGGUCUGGUCGGUGAGAAUGCUAGCUUGGUCAAGGGCAAGUGCUCCGGGUCGAUCUCUGUUUAAUAUUCUGGAGUGGUUUUGAGUGUCGACCUUGUAAAGCCGACUUUGUAUAUAAAGCAACGAGGAUAUGGACUAGUCACGUAAUCUAAUGUUCUUUCUGCACUGUAA